AUGUCUGCCCCCACACGACAGCUCGGCCGGAAUGGCCCCCAAGUUACUGGUAUUGGUCUGGGGCUUAUGAGUUUUGCAGGCUGGUACGGCCAGCAGGACACUAGUGUUGAGUCGUCUCUAAAAUUCCUCGACAGAGCUCAUGAGAUUGGCGAGCGGUUUUGGGAUACCGCAGAUGCCUAUACUGGUAGUGAGCAGAGAGUUGGUGAAUGGUUCAAGAGAACAGGCAAACGAUCGGAUAUUUUCCUAGCGACCAAGUUUGCCAUCAAGGCGAAUCCAGAUGGAACACGAACAAUCUCCAACGAGCCGGCAUGGAUCAAACAGGCGUGUGCUAACAGUCUGGAACGACUGGGAAUUGAUACCAUCGAUUUGUAUUAUUGCCACCGAGUUGACGAUAAGACUCCAAUUGAGCAUACCAUCCAAACAAUGGCAGAGCUGAAAAAGGAGGGCAAGAUCCGACACAUUGGACUGUCUGAGUGUUCAGCAGCAACUAUUCGCCGUGCUCAUGCUGUCCAUCCUAUCUCAGCAUACCAAGUCGAGUACAGCCCUCUAUUCCUGGAUAUUGAAUCUGACAAGACGGAGAUUCUGAAGACUUGUCGCGAACUGGGGAUCACUGUAGUUGCUUACAGCCCAGUUGGUCGAGGUCUUUUGACGGGAUCAAUCAAAUCGCUCAGCGACUUGCCUGAGAAAGACUGGCGCCGAGGAGUACCCAAGCUCAUGGACAACUUCCCCAAGAUUAUGGCUCUGGUAGACAAGAUUCAGUCCGUGGCUCAGAAACACAACGCGACACCUGCUCAAAUUUGUCUGGCGUGGGUGGCGGCGCAAGGUGAAGACAUCAUUUCCAUCCCUGGUACUACGACGAUCAAGUACCUGGAAGACAACACGAAUGCUCUCAAAAUCAAGUUGACGGACGAAGAGAUCAAGGAGCUGAGAAAGUUUGCAGAGGAGACGGAGUUGCCUGGAGAGCGGUAUCCAAAGGGAGCUUCCACCACAUUGUUUGCGGAUUCUGUACCUUUGAAAUAA